AUGGCGGUAGCCCUAGAAGCCUCACUUCUAGAUUGUGAGAUGUCCAUGAAAACCGUCCGCCUCGAGAAAGAAUAUGAAAGGACUCUUGCAGACUCGGCGCACCUUCUCGACGUGGAGAAAGAUCGCGUGAGGCGCAUGGAGCAACUACUGCUUCAAUUCGAGAGCGAAAACCUUAGGUCGCAGCUGGAUCAGGCCAACAUGCAGUUACGUGAAUUUACACGCACCGAGUCGGACACCCUCCUCCAAUUAGCUGAAGCUUGUCGAGAAAUUGAUCGCCUGGAUCACCAUGCUCAGGCCUCCUCAAGCGAGAUCGAGAAGUUGAAGGAUGAACUUUCAACUAUGGCAAAUAAAUCGACAAGCCAUGAUACUCUCCUCUCCGAAAAAUUACACCUCGCCCGAGAACUGUCAAACCUGAAAUCAGAGCUAGACAGAUUAAAAACCCAAAACUCUUCUUACCAGGCAUCUGUAGCAGAGAAACAGGAAAUGGAGCGACAGCUGAAUUCCUUGGAGGUCCAGCUCGAGAGUGAAAAAAAUUCCCAUGAGCGCACACGAGCAAAGAACUUACAACAGGCAACGGAAAUAAGCACACUGGUAGUGAGGGUUGAGGAACUACAAGGGGAACUCGCGAGGGAGUUGCGAGCGAGACAACAAUAUGAAAGAGAAAGCCGCCAGCAAAGCACAGAUUGGGACAACCAGCGCGUUGUACUUGAGGGCAAGAUAGAGACACUCAGAAAGCAGUUACGAUCGACCAAGGACAAGCUACAGGAGACCCAGCACAAUUUAGAGCAGAAACUCACCCAUGUCCGGAAUCACGACAGCGAGGGCUCCGAGUCGCGUUCUCGAAUGGUCCCUCUACAGCGUCCUGGUCCCAGUGCAGAUUACCAUAACGGUGUUACAAUCGCAACCCCCGGGGCUGUUCGUGUGCAAGAGAAAGUCAAACGACAGUCUGCAUUGCCUGGCGACAAAUCGGCAUUCUCCAUUACUCCGUUCUUGAACCGAACGGGCCCUCAUCAAGCUUCUCCAGCCAGCUCAGAUCUGAACGACGAAGAAGUGAACCGGGCAAUGACAGACAGUCAUUCACCACUCAGAGCCCGCAUCGCCCAUGACCCAAGUGGGCUUGAUUUAUCCUCCAUGGACCAGCCGAAUUCAACACAACGACCUGACGAUGGAGAAAAAGCAAAACCCGAGCCACGACGGGGAAAGGCUACAAAUGAGCCAAAGAAAAACACUAAUCGACCCGAUGAACAAGUGCCUCUCAAGGAUGUGGAGGAAUACCAGUAUCUCUCAACGGACCAAGUACAGACAAAGCCUAAAAAAAGAAAGCUUGGGGCUCAGCGGGACCGAACCCUCUUUGAGGAUGAUGAAGAGGAGGUUCUUGAACGCAGAAAGCCAGGGCGAAAGCUUGGACUGGGAGCUGCACGAACCUCGGUGCUUGCAACUGCACAGAUUUCCAGUGCAUCAGUCGGUGAUAAACCACCGAGAGCGUUGGGAUUCGGAGGAUUUUCACCUCUUAAGCGAGACCGUAAGCGAUGA